AUUGAAUUGAAACUGCGCCCGUUUGUGUGUCCCAUUCUCAACCUCACUUCCACCCAACAACCAAUCCUCACCACCCUCAUCAUCACCGGUACAGCAUCCGCAAUCAUCCAAGAUGCGUACCUACGACGAUACCUUUAGCGGAACCAAAAUCUACCCGGGCAAGGGCAAGCUCUACGUCCGUGGUGACAGCAAGAUCUUCCGCUUCCAGAAUGGAAAGACCGAAUCCCUCUUCCUUCAGCGAAAGAACCCUCGAAGAAUAGCGUGGACUACUCUGUUCCGUCGCCAGCACAAGAAGGGUAUCUCUGAGGAAGUCGCCAAGAAACGCACACGCCGAACCGUCAAGCACCAGCGAGCUAUCGUCGGUGCCUCUCUCGAUGUGAUCAAGGAACGCCGCACUCAACGACCCGAAGCCCGUGCCGCUGCCCGUCAAGCCGCCAUCAAAGAAUCCAAGGAGAAGAAGACCGCCGCCGAGUCCAAGAAGAAGGCCGAGAAGGCCAAGUCCGCUGCCAGCGCCGCUCGUGGCCAGGCCCGUGGUGGUAUCUCCUCUAAGCAACAGUCCAAGGGUGCCCAGAUGAAGGUCCAGGCCAACACCCGAUAAAUGCACUGCGAUGCAAUGGCAUGAGGAUUGGGUUCUGGAGUGACGGUUGAUGGAUGAUGUUUCAUGGUUGAGCUCGAUGAUGAAAGAGAUACCUACUUUGGUCUCGAGAGACUUUGAAUCAGACAUGGGGGGAAAGGGGAGAAAGAUUAUCUUUCUAUUCCCUUGGUCUUAUUAUUGCACUGUGGUUGAAACUGCUUUGCAAUCGAGGACAGAAAGGAGAGAGAGUUGUAUGAUGCGGUAGUGGUUGGACCAGGAGUUGCAGACAGCAUGCACUGGUCACUCUCCUGCUUGCUUACUGCCGUAAACUUUACUCUAUUACCUGACUUGUGUCUGCCGUUGCUCUAGCAAGUCAAGGAUGAGAGAAAGAGAGAAAUGAAAAAACAUCAAGACUCCACAAAUGAACUGGAAUUGAUUUGCGAAAUGGUGUGUACGGUGUAGUUUUAGAUGUGCUACAUGCGUGCAGGUGAUGUUGCCAUGAACCAACCACGAC